AAACAUCAAAGAAUCGCGAGCGAAACAGCCAGCGUUCAGUGUAUUUACUACUUUGAAGGAAGAUACCGUCGGCCAACUAGGAACCCCGUCGAUCCCAUUCCAAACUGUAUCCAUUGUAUUAAACUGGCAUUUCUACCUCUUUUUAACAAACAUUUUAAGCUUGGACGACGCAUGUUUUAUUUGCUGUGGAUUGUGGAACUCUGACAUGAAACAUCAUGGAGUACGCUAUAAGCAGUUUGGAAGGUUCGAAAAUGAUACAUAAUGACGACAAAAGAUCGACAGAAGAUGACAAUAUCAACCUGUUGCGGUGUCCGAGUACCAACGAGGAAAGGCAAGAAUUGGCGGACGGAAUGUUUCACCUAAGGCAAUUGAUGCUUGAUGCAAAAUUCAUAACCGAUACGGUGAGCGUAAAGAUAAGCAAACGCUCGGUACUGAUAGGGAGAGAAAUGUUUAAACGAUUCAUGGACAUGUUCGGGGACAUCGAGGAUCAAGAAGUAAUGGAAUUCGAGGAAGACAGCGUUGAAACGAAGCCGAAAAUUAUGCAAAAUAUUAAUGCUCCUUUGGCAGGUAACACCGAAGAAAAAGUAACGCGCAAUAAAAUACCAUUCGACGUGAAAGCAAGAGCUGUCGAAUUGGCGCAGUUGCAUCCAAGAUGGUCUAUCAACACGUUGCGCAAACGAUCGACACGUCUAUUGAAGGAUAGAUCACAAUUGGCGCGAUGGAAAAUACACAUUGAAAGAGGUGGGACGCGAUACGAUAAAUUAGCAGUCAUAAAUAAGAAUGUUUACGAUCGUUUUGUCGAGGCAAAAAAUCACAGAAAAGUUACAGUCACUACCGGCGUGCUGAAAGAAUGGGCAAUGGCUGCUGCUAUGCAAUAUCUCGAUGGAAAUUUCGAUUUCAAAGCGUCGGACGGUUGGGUGAGGGAUUUCAAAAGAACACACGGCAUAAUAUCCUAGUAGCGCACUGCCAAAAAUGCGCCAGACACUCCACACCAGCAACAUUUCAAGAACUAAAUAACACUGCACUGAAUUAAUAUAAUCAAGCUAUUCAAUAAAAUGAAGAAAAAAUACUGUGUUUACAGAGACAGUAGUUCUUUUCUACACCAUUCUCAAGUGCAGACUCCCACCUUGGAGCAUGUGUGCAGGUAGUUAUCGUGAAAUUUAUACCCCACUGAUAGAAACUUUGUUAUCAUCACUGGAAGUGCAGUAGGUAAUAAUUUGACCUUUAGUUUGUCAGAUAUGCAUGGUCCGUUUAAAAGUGAAACAACUUUAGAGAAUUCUUUUUUGACGAGCCAAACACAGUUGUAGAUCUUAACGAAAUGAGAAAGAUGCAGCAUUAAAAAUUCAGGGAUAAUAUUUAUUCAGCGCUCUUUAAUAGUGCCACGGGAUAUUAAAUACUUUUCUUGAUUUUCUAAUCUUGUAAGAAUUGUGACUAAGAUCUGUUGUAAACAAAUAAUUAUUAUACUCGUACUAGGUCAGUUGUUUAUGUAAAUACAUGAGAGGUAAGAGAAAAAAUAAUAUUGAUAAUAAAAUUACUUUUAUCACAAAUCAGGACUUGAUAAU